AAGACAACCAGUCGAUAUCAUUUUCUUUUAACCUUCAAUUUCGUGUUGUUUAUUCCGGUGAAAAUUCUGUAAUCAAAUUUUUGUUUGAAUUCAUCAUUUGUUGAUUUUUUUGUUCAGUUGCACUUUCUUUUUGUAACAUUUUAUCUCUUGAGGUAUGUCUUUGGAAAACUACAAUAAGAAAUAUUCAGAAAUAGAGUCAUUGAAAGGGGAAUGGCAGCAAAGAGCAGAAGAGGAAUUAAAUGAAAAUCCAGAAGUUUUUCAAAGAGAAUUAGCUGCUCUUAGACGAAUGGUAGGAAAUGAUUCCAAUUUAGCAGUACCGAACACAGAUGAGUUCUUGGUGAGAUUCCUUAGAGCAAGAAAAUUUGAUAGUACUAAAGCUUUCCAUAUGCUUCAGAGGUAUUUCUUAAUGAAAAUAAAGUGCCCUGAGCUAUUCCAGUGUCCUUUGCCAUCAGAAUGUGGUUCGAUGUUUGAACUUCAAGCUCAAACUAUGCUUACGCAAAGAGACCAACUAGGUAGAAGAGUUUAUAUUAUAAGAGUCGAUAAUUUUGAUUCGACAAAAGUAACUAUCGACGAUGUUUUCCGGACAAACGUUUUAGCAUUAGAACAAAUAGUACGAGAACCAGAAACUCAAGUAGCUGGUAUUGUGGUAAUUUUAGAUAUGGCAGGGCUCAGUCUACAACACGCAAAAUUUUUCACGCCGUAUUAUGCUAAAAAAAUGGUCGAACUGGUCCAAGAGACGUUUCCUUUGAGAUUUAAAGGAUUCCAUAUUAUUAACGAGCCUUUCUAUUUUGACGCUGUGGUAGCUGUACUCAAGCCUUUUCUAAAAGAAAAAAUAAGAAAACGUAUUAUUUUACAUGGUAGUGAUUUAUCUUCUCUACAUGCCUUCAUUUCCACUGAAAUUCUUCCUACUGAAUAUGGUGGAAAUGCAGGUAACUUCGACAACAGAACUUGGUAUUUGGAAUUGUUGGCGGAUGAAGAAUAUUUCAUGAAUAUAAGAACAUUUGGUUAUAAGGUUGAUGAUGUCGAUGAUUCAAAUGACGAAAACGACGAUCAAAACGAUCAGUGAAAAACAAAGUAAAGUCUUGACUAUUUGACUUUACUUAUUAGUUUGAGUUUUGAUAGCUUUUAUUUUGGACCAUAAAUACCAAAAAAAUUAGGAAUAAGAGGUCACAUGUAUGUAUAUGGCUUCCUUUUCUGUUUACUGUCAUACACAUAUUCAUCAUAUUCAUGGAAAAGUCUUGUGAUGAAUUAUUAGCACAAAAGGAAAUGUUACAUACCAAAUUUGAUUCGAAGACAUUUAUAUUUAACAACGAUAGCAAAUGCUGCCAAUGUUUGAAACUGUUAUGCAUAAAGCAUUUAUUAAAAAUAUGUCAUAGAAAAUUUUUGCAAAUCUUGCAUAUUGAAGUGAUUAAUUUCCUACAAUAUCUUUGGAAGCACACUGUACUUAAUAUUCUAUCCAAUUUUGACUUUCUCUCAACUUUCAAUUAGACCAUUUAACUCUUGAGCUUCUUUGAUCGAUCCAGUAGGAAGAUAUCCUUUUCAAAUCGUCCGUCGGCUGUCGUUUCCUGUUUCUUUAUGCUUCAUUCCUGGGACGCCAUUCUAGUAUUCUCUUCGUCGAUCUGACUGCUCAGUUUCAUUUUGAACGUGCAUCCUUAUGUUUUCUACGCAGUUUAGUUUGGAUUUUAUCUCGUAUUCUCAUUUUAUUUACAGUUUUUGUUGUGUCAAUUUUAAUGUUACUCAGUCAUAAGUCAAUACUGGGACGACGCAUUCGUCAAACACCUUUCGUUUCGAUGCAGGCUCCUAUCAAACAUGUAGAUACAAUUCAUGGUUGAAAAUUUGAUUGAAGACACCUAUCCUAUUCCAAUUUUUCGAAAAAAUUUACGGGUUGCGAUUGAUAAGAAUUUCUAACGUUGGUUUUGGUUGAUUCAGCAUGGCCCUGAUAUAGGAUUCGUCUCCUCUGCAGAUAUUUGAGUUGGGACGUUUUUUAGUAGAGGUGUUUCGCUUAUCAAGUUUCGUGGUGAUCUUGUUGAGUUUGGUCACAAUGACUCGCUGGAACGAUCAUAUUUAGAAUAGAUUGAAGCAGUUAUGCAUCAUCAUCAGUCAGUAAUUGUGGUUUUUGUGUUGCUUUUAUCAUUUUGAUGCUUUCUCUCAAUAUCGUCGGACCAUCUCGUUGGUGGACGUCUCCUACUACGUUGUGCGUCUUUACGAGGUUUUCACUCCAGACUGAUGACUUGAUUAAAGGAAAACCGCAGAAAAUUUUUGAAACAAAGAACCAGGAGAUAUGCAGUAUAAAUUGGAUUUUUUUUUCCAUUGGAACCAACAAGUAGAUAAAAAAAGAACGCAGUGGGUAAGAUUUGCAUUAAUUUGCAAUAUAUUCAUAUAAUUUUGAAAUAUGUAAUGUUCAUUUAUUUGCAGAUAUAAAUAAAUAAAUAU